GUGCUAGUGCUAGUUAAUGGCCAGUGCUAGUUAAUGGUCGCAGGGCACUCACUGUGUCCUGGCCACCUUUCCAAGCACCUAGGCAAACUCAUUUAAUAUUCAAGUACAUACAGGUAAGAAUGCUUUUGCCCUCUCUGUAAGGGACAGCAUGUGGCCACCCUGGUCUGUAGCUGGCUUAGCCAAUUUGGCAGUAAUAUCAUAAAAGCAAAUCCCCACCUAAGUGAAAGGAGUGGGUGGCCCUGUGCAAUUCUUACGGCCAUGGCAAAUUCCAUCACAUGGAUGUCUGCUCUCGUGUGUCCUCCAGCAGAUGAGGUCUGUGCGGGCCGGGCCAAACCAGCGCUUGCCCCCUGACCCCAUCACUCCAUUCUUUGUCUCUCCCUAUCCCUUGUGCAGCUGCCGCCAUGGCCCAGACCCUGCAGAUGGAGAUCCCGAACUUUGGCAACAGCAUCCUGGAGUGCCUCAAUGAGCAGCGGCUGCAGGGCCUGUACUGUGACGUGUCCGUGGUGGUCAAGGGCCACGCCUUCAAGGCCCACCGGGCGGUGCUGGCCGCCAGCAGCUCCUACUUCCGGGACCUGUUCAACAGCAGCCGCAGUGCCGUGGUGGAGCUCCCAGCGGCUGUGCAGCCCCAGUCUUUCCAGCAGAUCCUCAGCUUCUGCUACACGGGCCGGCUGAGCAUGAAUGUGGGCAACCAGUUCCUGCUCAUGUACACGGCCGGCUUCCUGCAGAUCCAGGAGAUCAUGGAGAAGGGCACAGAGUUCUUCCUCAAGGUGAGCUCCCCAAGCUGCGACUCCCAGGGCCUGCACGCUGAGGAGGCCCCAUCAUCCGAGCCCCAAAGCCCCGUGGCGCAGACAUCAGGCUGGCCAGCCUGCGGCACCCCGCUGCCCCUUGUGUCACGGGUCAAGACGGAGCAGGAGGAGUCGGACUCUGUGCAGUGCACACCUGUGGCCAAGCGGCUGUGGGACAGCGGCCAGAAGGAGGCCCGGGGCGGUGGCAGCCGUAAGAUGGCCAAGUUCUCCACACCGGACUUGGCCGCCAACCGGCCACCCCAAGCCCCGCCUCCCCAGCAGUCCCCAGUGGUGGCAGCGGCCCAGCCUGCCGGGGUGGCCAUGGCAGCGGCAUCAGGGGCAGGGGCCGGGCAGCCAGCUGGUGGGGCGGCAGUGGUGGCAGCAGUGGCAGCAGGGGGCAUGGUGAGCGGGCCCAGCACAUCCGAGCGGACCAGCCCGGGCACCUCAAGUGCCUACACCAGCGACAGCCCUGGCUCCUACCACAAUGAGGAGGACGAGGAGGAGGACGGGGGAGAGGAGGGCGUGGACGAGCAGUACCGGCAGAUCUGCAACAUGUAUACCAUGUACAGCAUGAUGAACGUCGGCCAGACAGCCGAGAAGGUGGAGGCCCUCCCCGAGCAGGUGGCCCCUGAGUCCCGGAAUCGAAUCCGAGUGAGGCAGGACCUUGCGUCUCUCCCGGCCGAGCUCAUCAACCAGAUUGGCAACCGCUGCCACCCCAAGCUCUACGAUGAGGGCGACCCCUCCGAGAAGCUGGAGCUGGUGACAGGCACCAAUGUGUACAUCACGAGGGCGCAGCUCAUGAACUGCCACGUCAGCGCGGGCACAAGGCACAAGGUCCUGCUGCGGCGGCUCCUGGCCUCCUUUUUUGACCGGAACACUCUGGCCAACAGCUGCGGCACCGGCAUCCGCUCUUCCACCAACGACCCCAGACGCAAACCACUGGACAGUCGCGUCCUCCACGCCGUCAAGUACUACUGCCAGAAUUUCGCCCCCAACUUCAAGGAGAGCGAAAUGAAUGCUAUCGCCGCCGACAUGUGCACCAAUGCCCGCCGCGUCGUGCGCAAGAGCUGGAUCCCCAAGCCCAAGGCGCUCCUGGCUGAGGGUGACACCUACACCACCUUCAUUGGUGAAACGGGCAAGAUAGAGCCGGACAUGAUGGGCCUGGAGCACGGCUUCGAGACUGCCAGCCACGAUGGCGAGGCUGGCCCUUCGGCCGAGGCCCUCCAGUAACCCCCACUGGACCCUCCCCGCGGGGCCGUCACACUCCCCCCUCCUGUCACACACACCCACCCACCAUCUUGGUCACGAGCUACUGUCUGUCCUUCCCCAGGACCCGCGGGGGGCACUGCAUGCUCCUGGCCCCUCUGCCUCCCUGUCACACCCCCUUCACCCAAUAUGAGCCGGCCGGCAGGGAGAGGACGGAGGGGCAGGUGGCGGCGAGGUUUGUGUUGCCUGCUCUGACACAGUGCACUCUCCUGACCCCUAGCAUUCCUCUCCCUACUCACCAGGCCCCGCGUGGGAGGGGGCUGGCUUGGGGCGCUCGAGAGGUUCCCCUCCCCAGGCCCUGGGCCGCCUCAGCCUCUGCCCCUUGGGACUUGACGGGGGUCCCUGGGGGUUCUCAGACCCCUCCUGUCACCUCCCAGUGCUUCCACGUCUCCAAAAGCGCCUUCCUGUCACCCUCGUCUGUCCCUGGACCUGGGGCUGGGGUCAGCGAGGCCAUGGGGACUGUCCAUUUUAUAGCUGAGGAAACUGAGGCUAUGAGAAAUUUCCACAACCAACCUAAUGUGGCCAGCGGUGGCGGGCUCAGCACCUUUCUCUCCCCUGCCCAUCGCUGGGACUCUAUUGCCCCCAUUGGUCCCCUGGGGCCUGAAAGAGGCAGGUCCUAAGGGAGGAGGGCUCUUGGGGGCAGACCAAGGGCCUCAGAGGACAGGAGAGGUGUCCGGGGUUUGCAGAGCAUAUGC